GGUAAUAGAGUGUUGGAAGCAGCAAAGGAAGCAUGACCAUGUUUCAUGUUUCUCCCAUUGCUUUGCUUAAUCCCCAACCUCACAUUUUCCACUUCCCUUCUUCCCGCAACCUCCAUCGCUCACUCUCUCUCCAUUUCCCCACUCUCCCCUCCCUCUCGCCACCGCCGCACUACCACGAUUCCGACGAACACGUCAUCGGCGACUGCCUCGUUUUCGAGGACGGCGUUUUCGACGACCCCCUUUUCCAUAAUUCCGACACUCUCUCCGUCAAUGAGCCCACAUCCAAGCCCAAGCCCAGGCCCAGGCCCAGGCCCAGGCCCAGUUGGAAGAAAAAAGUGGAGGUGACUGGGGGCGAGAAUUUGGUUCCGGACAAGUGGCGAGAGAUUCAGGCAGAGAUAAACAUCACGAAGAGGGAGAGGCGCAAGAUAGCGAGGGAAAUCGAGUUCAACAGAACCGUUGAUAAGAAGAGAAGAGGCUUGAUUCCUCUUAGGGAUAUGAACUUAGAUGACUACAAGGCUUUUAAGGAGGCCAAAUUGGCGCAGAUGAAACUUCUCCCUCACGCUUCUACUUUUAUCCAGAACCAAGAGGUACCUGAGACUCAACCUCAAUUGAACCAUGGUGAAGUGGUUCCUUGGGUUGAACCUGAAUUGAACGGCGGUGAACGUGUAGAGCCCAAGAAUCCAAGGUGGGCUGUGUAUGGAAGGGGUUUGGAGGAUGUCACUGAGUUUUUCAAUAGUGACAACUAUGACCCUUCUUCUAACACUCCUCAGGGUAAGCGGAAGUUGUUUACUAAGGAGGAGAAGGUUUUGAUGAAUAAGCGAGUGCCGGACUUGGAAGUUGCUACUUCAGAUAAAUGGCUUCCUCUGCACACUCUUGCUGCAUGUGGAGAAUUUUACCUUUUAGAUUCUCUGUUGAAGCAUAAUGUUGAUAUCAAUGCUGUGGAUACGGAUGGUUUGACUGCCCUUCACAGAGCAAUAAUUGGAAAAAAGCAGGCCAUAACCAAUUAUCUCCUGAGAAACUCAGCUAAUCCCUUUGUACAGGAUAAAGAGGGAGCCACAUUGAUGCACUAUGCUGUACUAACAGCUUCUACCCAGACAAUUAAACUACUCUUACUAUAUAACGUGGAUAUAAAUCUCCAGGACAAUAAUGGUUGGACACCAUUACAUCUUGCUGUUCAGGCUCAGAGAACAGAUUUAGUGAAGCUUCUGCUGAUUAAAGGUGCUGACAAGACAUUAAGAAACAAAGAUGGAUUAACUGCACUCGAGCUUUGCCUUUACUAUGGUCAAAGUGCCAGAACAUAUGAGCUAAUCAAGUUGUUUAAGAAGCCUCAAAGAAGUCUUAGAUUUGUAUCAGUAUGACAAAUGGGGCUAAGAAACAAUACCACUUUUGAGAGAUUUGGACCAACAAAUGACUAGCCGUUGCCAAGUUUUGCAUGACAGUUAGCAUCCUUUCGUCGUAUGGAAAUUUUUGGGACAACUACGCUAUUGUACUAUAUUAAAAUGUAUAUUUUGAAUAUGAUAGGAAAAUAGGAAUGCUUUCAUGAAAAAAGAAAGAAAAUUGGGCUGCCAUUUUUUUAAAA